AGAUCACUCAACUUUUGUCAUUUUUCUGGUCACAUUUUACGCUAAAGGACAUCAGCAUUCAAACACACUCUACUCCUUCUCCCUCAAAGAUCAUUCCCACCACGCACACAUAUAUAUCCUCUAGGCCAUGCCCUCCUCGACAUUGAAUAUCACUCCCCCGAAUAGUUCACAUCCCUGUCAUGGAACCCAGGUUCUCAAUCAAUCCUCGCCGCCCGGAAUAUUUUCCGACCGGUGGAACCCAUUUGCCGGAGAGCCCACGAGUGCCAAUGGAGUUUCUGUCGAGGUCAUGGAGUGCCUCUGCUUUUGAGGUCUCCAAAGCUCUGGCUCCUCCACCUGCUCCUCCUCCUUCUGGCAAUGUGGCUUCCAAGCCUGCGAAUGGGUCAUCCUGUGGUGCUAGCUCUAUUCCUGAAGACACUGGUGGCGAGUCUGAGGAGCUAUCAUUCAUACCUCGGAAUCAGUUUUCUUUCGCCUCCUCUGCCACUUCACAGCUCGUGCUUGAGCGCAUUAUGUCACAGUCCGUGAGAGAGGAAGUGUCGCCAUUAACGUCAGGGAGACUCUCCCACAGCAGCGAACCUAUGAACGGUGGUGGUUCGUUAACCGGAACAGAUAGCCCACCAAUUUCUCCGUCCGAUGAAUUUGACGACGUCGUUAAGUUUUUCCGCUCCAACAAUUCCAUACACCCGUUGUUCAAUGGCGGACGAGGCGGCGGCACGAUAGGUAACGGGACCCCCAGCACAGGACCCAAAACAGUUGGGAGAUGGUUGAAAGAGCGAAGAGAGAAGAAAAAAGAAGAGAGCAGAAGCCACAAUGCUCAGCUACACGCCGCCGUUUCGGUGGCAGCGGUGGCGUCAGCUGUGGCAGCCAUAGCAGCGGCAACGGCAGCUUCAUCUGCACCCAGCAAAGAUGAGAAGAUAGCCAAAACAGACAUGGCUGUGGCAUCCGCGGCCACAUUAGUUGCAGCACAAUGUGUGGAGGCUGCCGAAUCAAUGGGAGCUGAGAGAGACCACCUUGCUUCGGUGGUCAGUUCAGCCGUGAAUGUUCGUUCUCACGAUGAUAUUACCACUCUUACGGCAGCCGCCGCUACAGCUCUGCGAGGGGCGGCGACGUUGAAAGCAAGAGCACUGAAGGAAGUGUGGAAUAUUGCAGCGGUGACGCCGUUGGAAAGAGGCGUCGGACUCGGGAUAUGUGGAAAAGGUGGCCACAACAACAAUACCAGUAACAACAGCACCAGUGAUAGUGGAGAAAUUGUCAAUGUAGACAAUUUUCUGGGUGCCUGCAGUCAAGAACUGCUCGCUAGAGGCACCGAACUCCUCAAACGCACCCGUAAAGGUGAUCUUCACUGGAAAAUUGUCUCUGUUUAUAUACAUCGAACAGGGCAGGUGAUGCUGAAAAUGAAGAGUAAACAUGUCGCAGGGACCAUUACUAAAAAGAAGAAGAAUGUAGUACUAGAUGUGUGCACGGAUGUACCGUCAUGGCCAGGAAGGCAUUUGUUUGAUGGGGGAGAACAACGACGGUACUUUGGGUUGAAGACAGAAUGCAGGGGAAUCGUGGAGUUUGAGUGCAAGAAUCAGAGGGAGUAUGAUGUCUGGACUCAGGGAGUUUCAAGGCUUCUAUCUAUUGUUGCAGAAGGUAAAAAUAGCAGCGGAAACUGAGCUCUAUCAAGUACCCCAAACAAAACCAAGCCUGGAGCUGGUCUAAAUAUUUGUACCCAGCUGAAUGUUGCAUUUUUUUUUUUGUUUUGUUUUUCAAUCUGAGACAUUCGGGGAUGCUAAGGCACAAUUUGUAGAAAAGUAGGGAUGUUUUGUUGGCUAGAAGGAAUGUCUUAAUUCCCCUGAAGCUUAAGAAUUAUGUCCAAUGAAAUGGUCGUCUUUUCAGUGUCCCCAUGCCUUAUCUCAGAUAUUGGUCAGACGAAAAAAACUAAAAGUCAAUAUGGUAUUUCGUCUCCACCUUCUCAGGGAGGUAAUUACAACACUAA